AUGGCACAUGAAGCUUUGCCCUUUUGGCUCGUCAAUGUGCCAAAGGACCAGUGGCCGAGCGAGUGCCCGGACUUCCUAAAGGAUUGCAGCGACAAGGAUAAGGCCAUCAUUGGGAUGCCCGACGGCGAGUACAAAGUAUUGACAUGGGACCAGGUGCGGGAGAUUGUCCAGAGCAACCGUGUCGACAAGUUCCAUCGCCUGCCGAGCGAGCUGCGCCGCUAUCGGCAGUUUACCUACAGGCUCGAGAAGGACUAUGGCAGCAUCAUGAACUUCAUAGUCAACGAGCGUCUCAAGUGGGACACGAUGGAACCCCGAGGCGAACCAUUCCAGUUUGAUGAGGACAUCAAGAUCCUGUACAACGACUGGCCCUAUGGCAUCGAUCCAGACAUUGUCCAUCUCGUCGUCUGGACCAAGUUUGAGCUCGAAGACGACCCCGAGACGGGCUUGUGUACGGAAGCAUCCAAGAAGCAGAUCGAAGAUUAUGUGCAAAAGACGUUUGCGUCAAAGGUCAAGGAGGUGGUGUGGUUCAAGAACUGGAAAAGCCUGAAGAGCGUGCAUGCAGUGGAGCACUUUCACGUGAUGCUCUACAAGCCGGACGCGGCCUUUCUGAAGCACAUUACAAAUGACGAUGUACCCAUGACAGCCAAGUUUGUUGGCCAGACGCCGUCUGUCUGA